CUCAAAAUCCACGCCACCCCCUUCAAACCCUCCCACCUCUCCAUUCCACCAUCGCCCUACUCCCCGCGAACCCCCUUCCUCCAAACGACCUCCACCUCCCAACGACGAACCAAAUCCUAUCCCGCGCCCGACUCCUCAGUGCCUCACCCGCCCUCCCCGCUCCAAUGGCUCUGGCAAUGCCACCAAUGCCGACGUACCUACUCCCUCGGGGUAACCCGGCGCUGCCUCGAAGACGGACACCAUUUCUGCGCCGGCACCACGACAGUGAAAACUUGGCGGAAGCCGCUGAAGCCGGGGAAACUGAGAAGGCAUCGGGCAUGCGCGAGCGAGUUCGAUUAUCAGGGGUGGAAAGCUUGGGGGCGGUGGAGGAGAAAGAUGGAUAGUGAAACCAGUGGGAGUGCUGAGGGAAAAAAGAAGAUGGUGCAGGGGAAGGACUGCUGGAAUACGUGCGAUUAUCCGAGUGAGUGUCGAUGGGGGAAGAGAUUUGGCAUCCAUACGCCGGUAGCUACGGAGUUCCCGACCAUUGAUGUUCGGCCGCCACCGCCACCACCUCCUCCGCCGAUGACGUUUGAGGGUAUACUGAAGCCGGAGAAUUGCAAGGAGAUGAAGAAGGAGAAAAAGGCCGACAGGACGGAUUUUUGGGGCGCAUUGGUUGCAAGUGCGACGAGGCGGAAGAGCAUUCCUCCUUCGUCUCCGCUUGCUAGUGUGGUCGAAGAGCCAGAGCCAGCUUCUCCUAGUAGAGAUAACGAUGGAGAUGUGAAUAUGACGACCAUCGACCCAGCCCUUUUAGCCCUGUCGGCUCCUUCGGCCCCUUCUUUACCGUCGGUAACGGCAACGCUCACCACUUCGCCCGUUGUCACUCUCAAAGAGAUUAUCCGCAAGAGUUCGAAGCGUGUAGGGAAGGCGUCCAAACCGAGCGAGACAAGGGAGCCCACGAAACUCGAUCCAAUGCUCACUGCUCCAGCUCCAGCUGCGGUCGUCGAUGACUUUGAAUACGGCAAUAAGAGUUUCGAAGAUGCGGCAAUUGAGCUUGCGCCCCUGGAGAGGGUGAAGAGCAGG